AUGUCAAAUUUAAAUAAAUUAUUAAAAAAUCAAUGUGAAAAAAGACUACAAAAAGAUUUUGGUACAACUGUACAAAAUCCAUUAGGUGGUUCUGGUAUUAUUCCAUUUAUAAGUAAUACAUCAACAAAUGCUUAUGAUGAAACAACACAAUGUUUACCAACAUUACGUUUUCUAAGACAAAUGGUUCAAAUAUGGUUACAAAAUGUUCAUUCAUAUAGAAAUAUAUUUGCUGAUAUGCAAUUAAGUCAUUUCUAUCGUUGGUUACAAUCAACAAGAAGUCUUCUUUAUGAAUCAAUACUUGAACGUACAAUACAAGAAUUUAUGAGAAAAUUACUUAUACAAUUAUUGAAUUACAACGUAUUAGUAGUACGAUAA